CUCCUGCCUGCAACUAGUCACAGCGGCUGAGUUUUACUUUUCUGCCUUAAAAUUCAACUUUUACAACUAUUGUGAGGAUAAAUAGAAGAAACCUUCAGAGCUGUUUUCCCUCGGAGGUGAACUAACGUGGUAACAGAGCUCUGUCGCCGUCACGACUGAAUACCUGCCGCCCCAGACGUGCUUCUUGACUAUGACCAUGAAGAUCAAUGUACCUUACAAAAAGUACCACAGAUGUGCGAUCGCUUUGGCCAUGGUGGUGACUGUGCUGCUGGUCGGCUUCUGGGUGAGUGCUGUGCUGUUGACGCGUCCUGCCCCAAGCACCAGGCUUUGCCUACUCCUGGAUAAGUCCUGCCAAGACUCCUGCAAAAUUGUUGUGGUGGAGAGCAUCCCUGAAGGCUUGGACUUCAACUCAACCAUCACUCACCCCUCUAUCUACCAGGCAUGGCUCAGUCUGAUGGACGAGGCUCGCAGCACACUUGACAUUGCCUCCUUCUACUGGACUCUGACCAAUAAAGACACAGGAACUCAUGAACCUACAGCCAUUCAGGGUGAAACCAUUCUAAAGAGGCUGGCUGAGAUAUCAGGGAAACUCUCUGUUCGUAUUGCAGUCAACACACCACAGGAGAGUCAACCUCAGGAUGACCUCACACUGCUCAACAACUCAGGAGCUGAUAUCAGAACAGUGAACAUGAAGGAACUCACCUCAGGAAUUCUCCACACCAAGUUCUGGGUGGUGGAUAAGAAACAUUUCUUCAUCGGCAGUGCCAACAUGGACUGGAGGGCUCUCACACAGAAUCUUCUUGCCCAGAAGGAAAAAAGCGCGCCAACAACUACUCAUAACUGUGUUUGCUCACUCGGAGAACAAGGACACCUGCAGCCAAGCAUAAACUCUGUUUGGUAUUAUCAUGGAGCUGUCUCUUCUGUUUUCUGUGUUAGAAUUGUUGUGGUGGAGAGCAUCCCUGAAGGCUUGGACUUCAACUCAACCAUCACUCACCCCUCUAUCUACCAGGCAUGGCUCAGUCUGAUGGACGAGGCUCGCAGCACACUUGACAUUGCCUCCUUCUACUGGACUCUGACCAAUAAAGACACAGGAACUCAUGAACCUACAGCCAUUCAGGGUGAAACCAUUCUAAAGAGGCUGGCUGAGAUAUCAGGGAAACUCUCUGUUCGUAUUGCAGUCAACACACCACAGGAGAGUCAACCUCAGGAUGACCUCACACUGCUCAACAACUCAGGAGCUGAUAUCAGAACAGUGAACAUGAAGGAACUCACCUCAGGAAUUCUCCACACCAAGUUCUGGGUGGUGGAUAAGAAACAUUUCUUCAUCGGCAGUGCCAACAUGGACUGGAGGGCUCUCACACAGGUGAAGGAGCUGGGCAUGGUGGUGUAUAACUGCAGCUGCCUGGCAGAAGACCUGGCCAAGAUCUUUGAAGCAUAUUGGUUCCUGGGUGACAGUCAGUCAAUCCCAUCACCUUGGCCCAGCAGAUUCUCUACCCUCUACAACAAGGACACGCCCCUCCAACUGCCACUCAAUGACACACCCUCCAGUGUCUACCUGACGAGUUCCCCUCCGUCUCUGUGUGCCACCGGCAGGACGCCCGACCUGCAGUCCAUCCUCAGUGUGAUACAGAGUGCCCGCAGCUUUAUCUACGUCGCUGUCAUGACCUAUCUACCCACGAUGGAGUUUUCAUCCUCAAAAAGGUACUGGGCUGACAUUGACACUGAGCUCAGGCGAAUCGCGUAUGAGAAGAAGGUCAAAGUUCGCCUGCUGAUCAGCUGUUGGGACAAGAGCGAGCCAAUCAUGUUUCCAUUUCUCAAGUCACUGGCCUCAGUUCACAACUCCAAGAGUACUCUAGACAUCCAAGUGAGGCUGUUUGUGGUUCCUGCUAGUCCCAGUCAGAAGGAGAUUCCGUACGCAAGAGUGAACCACAACAAGUACAUGGUGACGGACAAGACGGCCUACAUCGGUACAUCUAACUGGUCAGGUGACUACUUUGUGAAAACAGCAGGCUCAGCAUUGGUUAUCAACCAGACAGCAUCGCAGUCGACACAGUCGACGGUUCAGUCCGAGCUGAAGGCUGUGUUUGAGAGGGACUGGAGCUCCUCCUACAGCACUCCUCUGACACAGCACUCCGACCUCUCAGACAUGUGUCCACCCCAGCUCUGAGCCCAGGCAACCGCUUACCCAGUGCACUGCAAAAAGACUAAAAGCUGAACUGACUGGGAGAAUUAGAACCGACAGAUUCCGACAGAGACAUCAGCAGGGAAGUUAAGAUGCUCACAAAUUUCUGGUGGGAUGAGAAACACGAAGAAUGAGGAGUCAUGAUUUGUGAACAGCACCAUAGUCAACAGAAAGAAAGAAGAAUGUAAAGGAUGGAGCCGGGAGGCGGGGCUUCGACAGAGCAAGGCCAUGUGAAGAAAAUUAAAAGACUGAUAAUUGGGAUGAAUGCAUGAGGCAGAAAAGGUGCAAGGAGUCAAACUGAGAAAGAGUGAAGGAGGUAGAGAUCAGAGCAAACUGCAGAGGAGGAGAAGGGUGAUAAGGAAAGGAGAGGAGGAGAAACACUGAAAGACAGGAAAAAAAGGAGAACAUGAGAACAGAUGACAAGUUGAGAGGAGAAGAAAUAGUGUUGGGGUGCAGAGGGAAGAAGGUAUGGAGAAAAGAAAGAAGGACAGGAUGAUAAACAGAUACUGAUCUCAAUGAGACAUGAGCAAACACACCCACAGGUUCUACAACCCAAAAUCAGGGAGCUGGGACAGUUCCUACAUUAAUUUUGGCUCCUAUUGUCAAAAUAAUGGAUGAAUGGAUGCCUAUGAACAAAUAUACAUUCAUUCCUGCUUUUCAAGCAUCACGUUCCAAAGAAAGUUGGGACUCUAAAGCAUUUAGGAUUCUUCCUGCAGACACAUGUACAACAGUCGUUGCAUUUUUUUUUUGCUUCAAAAUUCUACACACAUUUUUCCAUUUGGGACAGGUGGACUGCAGGCAGGCCACUCCAGUACUGCUACCCUCUUACUCCACAGCCAUGACUUUGUAAUGUGUGCAGAAUGUGGUUUUGCAUUGUCUUCUUCAAAAAUACAUGGACGUCCCUGGAAAAGAUGCUUGAAGGCAGCAUAUUUCUGCCUUAAUGCUGAAUCACAGACAUGUAAAUAACCUUUGGCAAGGGCACUGACCCAACCCUUUACCAUGACAGACCCUGGCUUUUGGACUUGCUGCUCAUAACAGUCAGGAUGGUCCUUUCUUUUACAUCUUUGGUCAGUAGCACACAGCAUCCAAUCCUGUUUAGUCAUCUGACCACAAUAUACAUUUCCACUGUGUGAUGGUCCAAUCCAGAUGCUUCUGAGCCCACAUUAACACUGCUUCUGGACAAGGUUAACAUAAGGCUUGUUUUUGGCACAGCAAAGUUUUGAGUGGCAUUUGCGUGUGUAACUAUGUACAGUUGUGUUUGACAAAAGGUUUCCCAAAGUAAUCCCUUGCCCAUGUGGCUAUAUCAGCUAUUGAUGAAUGACAGACAGCACUUCAACAAGAACUGAGGGAUCAGAGAUAACAGGUGUUUAACUUUGGCUUGUGCCUAUGCCCUUUUCACACUGAAAUUCUUCUUUGAAUUGUUUAAUGAUAUUACACACUGUAGAACAGUGGUAUCCAAAGAGGUGAGUCCACUUGGUUUCAGUGUGGAAGGUUCCUGCUUCAGACCCCACCCCUGCCACAUUUCUCCAUGUAAUGUUGCGGCAGGAAGGGCAUCCAGAUUAAAACUUGUACCAAUUCAACAAGCAGAUCCACCUUGGAUUUUCUGUAGCAACCCCGAGUGCAAACAAGGGAACAGCCGAAGUGACUUACUUAGAGGGAGAAAUAUGCAAAUUCCUUUCAAACUUAUUAAACUUUUCAAUAACAUUCUAAUGCAUCUGGAGAUCCUCUGCCCAUCUUUGCUCCUCAAAACUCAGUCUUUCAUGGACGCGGCUUUAGCACUGUCAUGAUUACAAUCACCCACUGACAUCACCUGUUUGAAAUAAGAUCUUUAUUUGUUUUUGUGUUUUGUUUUUACCGUAUUUCUAUCCCUAAAUUGCCCCUUUCUUACUUUUAUGGAAUGUGUUGCAAACUUUAAAUGCAGGAAUGGAUGUAUACUUUUGACUGGUAGUAUAUGUACAAAUGAAGCUGACCACAUAAAACAUGAAAUAUCUUGGAUAGAAGUCAAAGUUAAUGUAAGAAUCACUGGGGGGUAUUUUAUUUACAUUUUCCAUACCAUCCCUCUUUUCUGGUUUGAUGUUGUAACUUAAUUGACGCUAAACCUGCUGUCAGUUUUCCUGACAUGCUUUCACAUGGUCCCAGCAGGUUUCCUUGCCAAAUCAGGGGACUCAUGUACAAAGACUUGCGUGGACUUUCAACUUAAACUUGGAGUAUGCCAAAAUACUGAAACUGGCGUAAGCACAAAAAUAUCCAGAUGCAUCAAAGUGUGUGUAGGCGUGGAUCCACGCAUGUUUUAUUUGUACAUGCCAGUGAACGUGGAAUUGAGCGUGGAACCAAACUCUUCCCUGGCCAUGCCCCAUUUAAAUAUGCAAUUUCAUGGAAAUAGGCCCUUUGAGCAGGGAUUCCCCACAACAUCACAUCAGACAUGAACACAGAAAAGAAAUUAUACGACAGAUGACUGGAAAUUACUUAGAGACACACAGGGAUACUUUAUUUGGGACGCUGUUAAAUGGAUUAAUCACAAAGUUGGAAAAAUGUACGUGGGAGCUUUGGAGCGUGUGUGUGUGAGGCCGACACGCUGCUAACUCAGAACGGUGAUCACGCUCUGAGGUUAAAAAGGUGCCUCGGCUGACAGUGACAUUCACAACUUGUACGUGUUUAGUGAGAAAUACUGAGCACAGGAAGUCUGUCAAGAAGCUCUGCAGCUCAUCAUCAAACAAAAAUAAAAAGACAUUAAUAAUCAUAAUAAAAAACAUAUUUGAAUGCACACAUUCCCAAAUGUGCCCGUGUUGGUUUUAAGUUAAGAUCAAUUACACAAAUACACUAUUUACACAGAAAGCAGCUGUCAUCAUGCAUUGUGCCAGCCACCAGACUGAUGCGCAUUUGCGCAUGACAUAUAAUAUGAACAUAUGUACAGUCAAUAGCUCCGAUUACAUGGAAACCAGCUCUCAUAUUAUGCUGUAAUGUUGGAAUGUGAUGUACCUGAUGACAUUCACAUGACUGCGUUCCACACAGCUGGCAUGGCUCGGCUCAAGGUUGACUGGCUCACUCCUGACCUAUCGGCAGCUCACGCUGGAAUGCCCCUAUUUCCAGGAAGCAAAGCGUGGUCAGCAACUGUGUGGGCACAGACAACCUCCUGGCUCCUUGCCAUAUUGCGCUUUGGGACAGUGGACGAGUUCUGCGCACAACUCCAGUAUCAGUGGCCUUGGUAAUGUAGAUCGGCUUGUGAUGUAGAUCGGCAACAAAAUCCUUGCAUUCCCUCACAUCAGAUGGCACCAUUUGUCAGGUCCUCUAACGCAGCCAUUUUACACAUCACUUUGCACAUGCUUUUAUGUCCAUCCAUAUAAUAGUAAACACAUUUGUGAUGUGCAUUUACUAUUAUAUGGAUGGAUAUAUAUAUAUAAUGGAACAUAUGGAUGGAACAUAUUCCUCGACUUUGCCCCUAUGCAUUUUACUACGUGUUAAAUGUUCAUCAGUGUGACUGAUGUGCACAUCACUCUGACACCAUCGCUUUCUGUUAUCUCCUAAUUGCACUAAUACUGCACCUGAUUAAGACCAAUGCACCCUUAAAAAUGUUAUUUUUAUGCUUUACCAUGUGGUGAAUUUGGCUUUAUCUCAUCUUUUGUGCUGAAACCCUGACUGAGCAGAGCCUUUUUUUAUGUGUAACGACACAGAGAAUAUUCCAUUGCUUGAGACCACAGAUGGUCAGUUUCACCACCACAUUGACAGACCAGCAUAUAGCUCUGCCCUGCUAGGAUGAACGCUGGUCAGGAACCAGAACACUAAUAUUCAGGUUGCAUUUCUCUGCUCUCUUUUGAUUUUGACAACAAACAGGCAGCAUUACUUUGAAAACUCUCUCACAGAAAUGUAGUGACUAUUUGCUGGUCGUUGAGCUUCACUGUUGAUGUCUUUAGAUAAACCAUGACUUCAUUCAUCAUGAUCUACUUUUAACGAUCAAUCAAUGUUUUAUUCUGUAAAACUUUGCCUCAGCAGGACUUCAUUAAUUCUGUUCAACCCGGGGAGUAAAGUAUGUUUUUAGAACCAGUAAUGAGUGAAACGCUGGAAUGCUUGAUUGAGCAGUCUGCUGUGCUGUAAAUGACAUGGCCUUUGAACAGUCUUCUGUAUGUCAAGGUAAAAUAAUUAAAUUCA